CUUUGACUCGGCGGUAAACAUGGCUGCCGGUUAAGUGUGCAUGUUAUAGCGAUGAAAACAAAUGCCUGGAAUAUGGGAAUAUAGAGGGUUUGGCAAAGCGUGCUUCUUUAUCAAAUAAGAUAAAGUAACCUCAUCUCAUAAUAAACGUUCGACAGGGGAAGAAAAAUGACGUCCAUUAUAAAGCUAACAGCAGUGUCAGGGGUCCAAGAGGAGUCGGCCCUCUGUUACCUGCUGCAGGUGGAUGAAUUCCGCUUCCUCUUGGACUGUGGCUGGGAUGAGAACUUCUCCAUGGACAUCAUCGAUGCAAUGAAAAGACAUAUUCAUCAGGUGGAUGCCGUGCUCCUGUCCCACCCGGAUCCCCUUCACCUGGGAGCCCUGCCAUACGCUGUCGGCAAACUGGGUUUAAACUGUACAAUCUAUGCAACAAUUCCUGUCUAUAAAAUGGGGCAGAUGUUCAUGUAUGACCUUUAUCAGUCACGGAACAACAGUGAAGAAUUUAAUCUGUUCACUCUGGAUGAUGUGGACAGUGCUUUUGAUAAAAUCCAGCAGCUUAAAUACUCUCAGAUUGUCAAUCUUAAAGGUAAAGGUCACGGCCUCUCCAUCACACCCCUUCCAGCUGGUCACAUGAUCGGAGGGACCAUUUGGAAAAUUGUUAAAGAUGGAGAGGAGGAGGUUGUUUACGCUGUGGACUUUAACCACAAAAGAGAAAUACACUUGAAUGGCUGUACACUGGAGAGCAUCAGUCGUCCUUCCCUACUCAUCACAGACUCCUUCAAUGCCACAUACGUGCAGCCACGUCGUAAGCAAAGAGAUGAGCAGCUCCUCACAAAUGCCAUGGAGACGCUGCGCAGUGAUGGAAAUGUUCUCAUCGCUGUGGAUACGGCUGGACGUGUGCUGGAGUUGGCUCAGCUCCUGGACCAGAUAUGGAGAACGAAGGAUGCUGGACUGGGAACGUAUCCACUGGCUCUGUUGAACAACGUCAGCUACAACGUGGUGGAGUUUUCCAAGUCUCAGGUGGAGUGGAUGAGCGACAAACUCAUGAGGUGCUUUGAGGAUAAGAGGAACAACCCGUUCCAGUUCCGUCAUCUGACCUUGUGUCACAGUCUAGCAGACCUGGCCCGGGUGCCGAGCCCCAAGGUGGUGCUGUGCAGCCAGCCGGACCUCGAAUCAGGCUUUUCUCGAGAACUCUUCAUUCAAUGGUGCCAAAAUGCUAAAAACUCCAUCAUCCUGACCUAUCGCACCACACCAGGAACCCUGGCCCGUUACCUCAUCGACAACCCUGGAGAGAAGAUGUUGGAUUUGGAGGUGAGAAAACGAGUAAAGCUGGAAGGCAGAGAGCUGGAGGAGUUCCUUGAAAAGGAAAAAAUAAAGAAAGAAGAGGCCAAAAAACUGGAACAAGCAAAAGAGGUAGACGUUAGCUCCAGUGAUGAGAGUGACAUGGAGGAUGACCUGGAGCAGCCGGCCAUAGUCAAAACCAAACACCACGACUUGAUGAUGAAGGGUGAGGGUAACCGGAAAGGCAGCUUCUUCAAACAGGCUAAAAAGUCUUAUCCCAUGUUCCCCACCCACGAGGAGAGAAUAAAAUGGGACGAGUACGGAGAAAUCAUCAGACUGGAAGAGUUUCUGGUUCCUGAGCUGCAGGCCACAGAGGAGGAGAAAAGCAAACUGGAUUCAGGAUUAACCAACGGCGACGAACCCAUGGACCAGGAUCUCUCUGUGGUUCCCACCAAAUGCAUCUCAAGUAUAGAAAAUCUAGAAAUCAGAGCGAGGAUAACGUACAUAGACUACGAGGGCCGCUCUGACGGCGACUCCAUCAAGAAGAUUAUCAAUCAGAUGAAGCCCAGACAGCUGGUGAUCGUGCAUGGUCCACCCGAGGCCAGUCUGGACCUGGCCGAGUCCUGUAAGGCCUUCAGCAAGGACAUCAAAGUCUACACACCCAAGCUGCAGGAGACGGUGGACGCCACCAGCGAGACGCUCAUCUACCAGGUGCGGUUGAAAGACUCCUUGGUGAGUUCUCUGCAGUUCUGCAAAGCCAAGGACACAGAACUGGCCUGGAUCGACGGUGUUCUGGACAAGCGGGUGGUGAAGGUGGACACCGGCGUGAUGCUGGAGGAUGGAGGCAUGAAAGAAGAGGCGGAGGAUGGAGAUCUGACCAUGGACACCGCUCCUGACCUGGGCAUUGAUCACAAUACCACAGCCAUGGCAGCGCAGCGCGCCAUGAAGAAUCUGUUUGGGGAGGACGAGAGGGAGGUGUCUGAGGAGAGCGACGUCAUCCCCACGCUGGAGCCGCUGCCUCCACACGAGAUGCCUGGGCAUCAGUCGGUGUUCAUCAACGAGCCUCGUCUGUCUGACUUCAAGCAGGUCCUGCUGAGAGAAGGAAUCCAGGCUGAGUUUGUGGGAGGAGUGUUGGUCUGCAACAACAUGGUGGCCGUCCGCCGGACGGAGGCCGGACGCAUCGGCCUGGAAGGCUGUCUGUGCGACGACUACUACAAGAUCCGGGAGCUGCUGUAUCAGCAGUACGCUGUGGUAUAGCAGCAGCAGCAGCAGCAGCAUUAUUACGAUUAUCACGUGACGCUUCAGAGACUGUCGUCAAUAAGAGGAGGACCAGAGUGAACCACACACACUCUGACCCUGUGUGUACUGCAAGUCUUGUAAAGGUUCCAUUUUUUAUACUUUUGUGGUUUCUGUUUUGCAGACACACUUUGUUAACUGUCACUUGUUUCUGCCCAGACUGGGGCAGUGAUGAUGAUGAUUUUCCUGGACCGACCUUUUGUAUCCUGACUGGCUGAGUUGUACCUACUGUCACAGACUGGUGUAGUGGAUUGUUAAAAAUGUUCUCAGUGCUGUUAUUAAAAAAUAUUUUUCUUUUUCA